UUAUAGAAUACUUAAGCCAAUGGUGUAGUUCCCUUUGCAUCACGUGGUUACAGGAUUCCGUUUAACCACGUUGACAUAACAAAGAUGGCGACUAGCUCAACGAGUCAGAAAAUUGCUCUCAUAACCGGUAUUACAGGCCAGGAUGGUUCUUAUCUGGCAGAAUUCUUAUUGGCCAAAGGUUAUCAGGUUCAUGGCAUCAUUAGGAGAUCCAGUUCUUUCAACACUUCGAGGAUAGAGCACCUGUAUGCCGACCCUAAGUCCCACACCGAAGGAUCCAUGCAUCUUCACUAUGGUGAUCUCACAGACAGUACCUGUUUAGUUAAAAUUAUCAGUCAAGUCCGUCCUAACGAAAUCUACAACCUGGGAGCCCAGAGCCAUGUCAAGGUUUCCUUUGAAUUAGCUGAGUACACAGCUAACGUUGACGCUGUGGGAACGCUGCGUUUGUUGGACGCCAUCAGAACAUGUGGACUAGCGGACCAGGUCAAAUUUUACCAGGCAUCCACCAGUGAAAUGUUUGGAAAGGUUCAGGAAAUCCCCCAAAAAGAGACCACUCCCUUCUAUCCAAGGUCCCCAUACGGUGUUGCCAAGCUUUAUGCCUAUUGGAUUGUUGUAAACUACAGGGAAGCCUAUGACAUGUUUGCCUGCAAUGGAAUCCUAUUUAACCAUGAAAGUCCCAGGAGAGGUGAGACUUUUGUGACGAGAAAGAUUACGCGAGCUGUUGCUAAAAUUAUAUUGGGACAACAGGAGAACGUACAGCUGGGAAACCUGGACGCUAAGAGAGAUUGGGGACACGCCAAGGACUAUGUAGAGGCAAUGUGGAAAAUGCUUCAGCAUGAGAAACCGGAGGAUUUUGUCAUUUCUAUGGGAGAAGCCCACAGUGUCAGGGAAUUUGUGGAGAAAGCCUUCAAAGUCGUGAAUGUAGAUAUAGUAUGGGAAGGAGAGGGGGAAUUUCUGCUGGGAGACUGUACCAAAGCAAAAACAGAGUUGAAAUGGCAGCCAAAUUACUCCUUUGAUGCACUGGUCAAAGAAAUGGUUGAGGAAGAUAUAAAACUAAUGAAAACUAAUCCUCUGGCUUAAUUCAAUCACAAGACUCUUUCCUUAGCCGUACAUUUCGUGGGUGGACAUACUUUUAUGUGGGAUCAAAUUCUGUUUUUAUACAUGUAUUUAUUAUGUUCAUGAAAUACUGCAAUUAUUAUUUAUUUUCAAUCAAUGAUUGAAGUGAAUUUUUGUGAUAUAUCACCAGUACGUUAAUUAAUGCUUUAUAUAACAACUUGCCCUUUAACUGUUUACAAAUAGUAUAGCGUAGGCUAAUUCAUUUACUAAAGUAUACUAUCUUUCUACUGAAAUAUUUACUCAGUGUUUUUAAACCUUCAUUAGAUGAUCAGGAUCAAUUUUGAUAAGUCAGGUUUAACACAUUUUUUGAUAUUUAUACAUUGUAUAUGGUAUAUAUCUGUACAUUCGAGCAUUUUCUUUUGUCAUUAUACACACUGAGAGACAACCCUUGUGUGUUCAACGUAUUUAGUCCCAGCAGUGACUAGCAAAUAUUAUUACAUUAAGAUGUAGAAAAACAAAGUUG